AUGACAGUCGACUAUCGACAUGGCAUCGCUAUCUUGGAGGUUGUUGCCAACUUCCCCUCCCUCGUCAUGGCUCUGCUGCUGGCCUGGCGUCAUGGAUUUGGCCGCAGCUCCGGUUGGCUCUUCUUUAUUAUUUUCUCUCUGCUCAGAAUCAUUGGCAACUGCUGCUAUCUGGCAACGAUCAACAACUCCAGCAAUGAAAACCUAUACAUUGCGUGGGCUGUAUGUAGCUCGAUUGGGCUGUCUCCCCUGACUUUGGGUUUGCUUUACAACUUGUCUCGAGUGAACGACUCUAUCCAGAGAAAAACCGGCAACGGAUUCUGGCCUCAUAUCUUCCGGAUUGUCGCCUUGGUCACACUUAUUGGCGUGAUUCUCAGCAUUACGGGCGUUACAACCACCGAUAACCUUACAGCCGGUUUGUCCAAUACCCAGACAAAAGUCGGUCUCAUUCUCUACCUCGUAUCAUGGGUGGCUCUGGUAGUUCUACUUCUUCUGGUGUGGACUCGUUAUAACAGUAUUGAGACUGGCGAGCACCGCCUGCUGGGUGCUGUCACCAUUUGCACCCCAAUCCUGUUGGUCCGCCUGAUCUACUCCUUCCUCGUCACCUUCAAACACGACAAGGAUUUCAGCUUGGUGACCGGCAACGUGACAAUCCAGCUUGUUAUGGUCGUGAUCGAGGAAAUUCUCAUCGUUUAUAUCAUGCUUCUCACUGGAUUGACCCUGGAUCCCAAGGAGAAGGCUGUUUACGUGCCUACCAGUACCGCCGAGAAUGGAGAGACCGCAUAUGAUCCUCGUGGUCGCAACAAUAAUACCGAGAUGAGCUACCAAGGAAACGCGGAUGGAAACUAUGCGACAUCGACUCUCCCCCUUUCGGGACGAAAGCCAAAGCGUCAAUUGCGCGGCGGUCCGAUCAGAAUGUUGAUUGCAUAUACUCUUAACAAAAUUGAUGAACGUCGUCAGUGA